GACUUCCACAAAUCACAGCUACUCCUUAUUUCAAAACAUGUCCACAGAAACUGAAAGCUUCUCAAACUCGAACUGGGCUCUCUUGGAAUCCAUCCGCCAACAUCUUCUAGACGACGAUUUUGAAUUUGAUACCCAGUCGGCAUUUUUUGCAAACUCUCCUGCUCAAAGUACUUCAAGCUCUAGCAGAAUUGAAAUAUCGAGCAACGACUUGGAGAUCGUGGAGGAGCCGAACCAAGUGUUCACGUGUAAACUGGAGGUGGAGGUGGCGGUGGCGGAGCGUGAACACAACACGCCGUCGAGGGAGAGGCAUAAUUUUAGGGGCGUGAGGAGGCGGCCAUGGGGAAAGUACUCGGCGGAGAUAAGGGACCCGAAAAAGAACGGGACCAGAGUGUGGCUCGGUACCUAUGAGAGGGCGGAGGACGCAGGCUUGGCUUACGACCGAGCUGCUUUCAAAAUGCGUGGCUCCAAAGCUAAGCUUAACUUUCCUCACUUGAUUGGCACGCAUGAUAUGGAAGUGGGCCGUGUCCUUCCCAAGCGUGCGUCGCCGGAGCUGUCAUCUCCGUCGUCAGAAGAUGGCUCGCCGAAGCCUAAGAGGAGGAGGAGUGGAGUGGACUCGACAGCCGCGAAAGCCAAGUUGGGUGAAGCUGCUUAAGAGUUUCAUGUGUUCCAAGUGGACUCGUUCACAUUUGGCGACGAAGAUAUGGUGCUGUUGUCGCCAUCUGAAUGCUCGGACAUUCUUUCCUUUUUAUAGAGAUCGAUUUUUCCGGCAAACGAAGAUGUAAAUAUUGCGUUAUGAGUAUUAGCUUGUUCAGGUCUAUUUCAUUUUCCAGUAAAACUUUUCCAGAUCUAGUAGCUUGAUGAACACGCGCGCGCGCGCACACACGUGGGGGACAAAGUGAUUGGAAAAUCUAUGAUCUAGAUAAGAGCAGAUAGUUGAUCUAGCAGGGAAAUUAAUAUAUAAUACUA